AAAAAAAAAAGACCAAUGUCAUUUCUUCCACUUUGUUUUUCCUCAGAAAGGUCAAAGGAGAAGACGAAAAACCGCAAAAAAGUAUUAUUAAAUACUCAUUAAAUUAUCAUUUAAAGGGCUUCCACUUAAGGUUUCUCUCGUAUUUAUAUAUCGUUAAUUAUUUUUCCCUUGUAGGCCACUAUUGCUCCCUUCAAGUUUCUGUUUCUUCUUCACUCACUCUCACUCUCUCUCUCUCUCUCUAAUGGAAAACCGAUUCAAGUUACGAAUCUCCCGCAUGUUUCGUGCCUCAUUUGGCUCCUGCCGGACCCGAAACAUAUCGGAUGUGAUAGAAAAAGCCGUCUUCUCCCCACAAAACCACAAAAAUUUCCAUAUGAUAGAGCCUUUAUCACCAAAAGCUCGACCCUUUACUUCUAUUUGCAAACCUAGAUGCCCAGAAGAAGCUAACAUGAUCGUUAAUCACAGUUGUUUUGACUCUCUCCCCAGACGUAAAGUAUCAGAAGAAUACUCUCCUUUUGUUGUUGCUGCUAGCAAUGGACGCAUGUGCCCUCCUGCCUCGCCCAUGUCUUCGCUGUACCCUUUUUCUUAUGAGUAUAAACAGUUUGGAUUCAAAGAGAAAAAGAAGGAUUCUUUGAAAAACAAGAAAAAGAAAAGGGGCAAUGCGAAAAGGACUAGUCAGAAGAGAGAUAAUAAUAAUAAUAUGUGUAUUUUUAGCUCAUCUUCUCAAGAUAGUCUUAAAUAUGGAAGUUGGUGGUUUAGCAGCGAUGAUGAAAGAGAAGACGAGACGGCGACGCUUUUCUCUUCAAAAAGUCUCUCUUCAGACUCCUCUCACGAGUCCCUACAGCACCACCGUUACCGCCGGAAAAAGAGCGGAUCUCGCCGUCGCAGAGCCGCAUCCAACAGUAAUGAUAAAAUAAAUAUCCUGCCACUACCAGAAGGAAAAGUGAAAGACAGCUUUGCGGUGGUGAAGAGUUCAAGUGAUCCAUAUAAUGACUUCAGGACAUCAAUGGUGGAGAUGAUUAUUGAGAAGCAGUUAUUUGCAGCCAGGGAUCUUGAGCAGCUCUUGCAGUGCUUUCUUUCUCUCAACUCGUAUCAUCACCAUAGGAUUAUUCUUGAGGUUUUUACAGAGAUUUGGGAAGCUUUGUUCUCUCCCUAAUUUGUGUUCUUGAAGAAAACUAUACUUGUUUUCUUCUAGUUUGUGUUUAAUUAAUGGAAUAUUGUACCUUAGACUUUAGAAUGCUUCUAACUUCAGUUACUAUUGAACUGUCUUUACGUUUCA